AUGUUUAUUUUAGUUGCAAUGUGUAGAAGUGUAUGCGAUCCAGGAUGGAGAUUCUCCCCCCAUUCCAAAAAGUGUUAUAAAUUUUUUAACAGAGCAAUUAGUUGGGCUCAAGCGGAAUUUAACUGUUUAUAUCUUGGAGGUCAUCAUUUAUCGAUUCAUAGCUUGAAUGAAAAUAGAUUUACCAGAGAGAUAGCUCACGACGCGUCCGAACUUUGGCUUGGGAGUGCUCAAUUCCAUCAUUCUGAUAAAUACGAAUGGUCUGAUCACACACGUUUUGACUUUGAAAAUUGGAAAAACGAUGUGAGACCAAACAAUAAUUGGAACCAACCUUGUACCAAAAUGAAUAUUACAACAGGUGAAUGGUUUCCAAGUUGUUGCCGAAAAUUAGCCCCAUAUAUAUGCCAAAAAAAUCCUCGAACGACAACGCUAUAUAUUGAUAGUGAAGAAGUAAGAAUGAAAAUUUAG